UUAAGGGGUGCCUUGGGACUGUUCAUAAUUUUAAAGGGUGCCUCGGGACUGUCCAUAAUUUUAAAGGGUGCCUCGGGACUCCAUAAUUUUAAAGGAUGCCUCGGGACUGUCCAUAAUUUUAAAGGAUGCCUCGGGACUGUCCAUAAUUUUAAAGGAUGCCUCGGGACUGUCCAUAAUUUUAAAGGAUGCCUCGGAACUGUCCAUAAUUUUAAAGGGUGCCUCGGCACUGUCCAUAAUUUUAAAGGGUGCCUCGGGACUGUCCAUAAUUUUAAAGGUUGCCUCGGGACUCCAUAAUUUUAAAGGGUGCCUCGGGACUCCAUCAUUUUAAAGGAUGCCUCGGGACUGUCCAUAAUUUUAAAGGAUGCCUCGGGACUGUCCAUAAUUUUAAAGGAUGCCUCGGAACUGUCCAUAAUUUUAAAGGGUGCCUCGGCACUGUCCAUAAUUUUAAAGGGUGCCUCGGGACUCCAUAAUUUUAAAGGCUGCCUCGGGACUCCAUAAUUUUAAAGGAUGCCUUGGGACUGUCCAUAAU